AAUAAUGUACGUAGGAACCGAAUACCAUGGAUCAGAGCGUUAUCACUUUUUAGCAACGGUAUACAUGUAUACAUGUUGUCUGCAAGAAUGGAAUGAUAACCUGUAAUUACUCUACAAUGGUGGAUGAGGACAGAAAUAGAAGAGGGUUUUAAUUAAAGUGACAAAAUAAUUUCUACGAUAUUAUUAUGCCUACUCUGACAGUGUAUACUAAUGCUCCUCGGCAGGAUUUCCCGGACAACUUUUUGGCCGAGACGGUCAAGCUGGUCUGCAGAUUACUUAACAAACCUUUCAAGGGAGUUGCAGUGAUUCUCUGCAACGACGUCGAGAUGUUUGUCGGUGAGGCCAUCGACCAGGUGAUCAAUGUUCAAGUGAUCGGUGUUGGUGACUUCCAGGACGAAAUCAAGAAUGAUCAGUUUGUAUCAGCCAUGCUUGAAUAUCUUCACGAGACCACGGGAACAAACAAAGAAUCGAUCAGUGUUUCUUUGAAGGAUCUCUUGCCCAUUCAGAUUGGAUUCGCAGGAGGAGAGCUGGCGUUCGACAAAAUUCAGAAACGAAAACUACAGAAGCAAGAGGAACAAGCGAAUUCCGAAACACCACAGAAUGACAGAUGAGGUGUCGAGUUAUCACACACUCCAGAAAUGCUGGUGUUAAAUCUAACACCAGACUGAUAUCCACAUGCGACCACAUCAGAUAGGUGUAAAAAUUACACUGGUUCAGAAUCAAACCGAUGUUUUAACAUUGACAUUAACCAGUGUUGUUUUAGCACUUCUCGGUGUGAUCAUAAAAUACUAGUAACAUCUGCCAACGUCUGGAUACAUCAUAAAGCAGCAAAAGAAAAACAAAACAAGAAAUAAUUGUACACUCUAAAAAAACUAUGGUGUUAAUGUUACUCAGUGGCGGAUCCAAGGGGGAGGGGGACAUCUGGCCCGUGCCCCCUCCCCUUUUAGUGGAAAAUGUCAUGCAUAGUAUAUUACGCAAGUGAAGACUUUUUAAUAUUAUCAUUUUUUUUUUGGUAGUAAAAUUUUUCGUGACAUAAAUUAUCAUCAUUCGGAAGUGAAGACCUUUGUUUUCUUUAGACCUUUUUUUUUGCAUGUUCAAAAUUUUCCGGACAAAAAGCCCCCCCCCCCUCCUUUUGGAAAAUCUUGGAUCCGCCCCUGAUGACACUGGCUGGUGUUCUGAGUGGAUCACACCUUUGGGUGUUGAAUAUACACCUUGGAGUUUGAACUUAACACCAAGUAGUGAUAACAUAACAAAAUGGGUUAUUUACAUCGAUGGGUGUUAUAACCAACACCAUGAAUUUAAGAUUGGUGUUAAAUGCUUGUUGUGGUCCUCUGUUAAUUCUGCAGGUUAAUUUUGAUUCCACUUUUUUUUGCAGUGUAUGCAGUGACAGUAUCUUUAGACAGAAGUGAAGAAAAUUCAGUAAAGACAUACAUAUGGCAAAUGGAAUUUCUUUUACAAUGUUCGAAUUUAUAACUUUGAUUUCUUCCAGACUUUGUGACGGGCUAUAUCACAAACCUGUUAUUAAAGGUCAACUCCAUUCCAACAACAGGUUGAUUUGAAUGAAUAGAGAAAAAUCAAAUAAGCAUAAUGCUGUAAUUUUAUCAAAAUUGGAUAUAAAAUAGAAAAGUUGAAAGUUGUGCUUAUUUUUCACAAACAAUUCUAUGCACAAUCCAUCCAGUGAUGUGCACAUGAAAGAAACAAUGAUGCCACUCACAAACUAUUUCUUUUGGAUUUAAUUGUAAGAAUUACACAAUCCCUUUUUUUAGGGGGAGGGGACAGAUUUGCCAAAUGGGAGACUCUUCAUCUAAUCACUGAAGAUUAUAGCAAUGGCAAUUCCAUAUAUUCAAGGAAGAACCAUAUUUUGUUUAACAUUACAAGGAGAAAAUUACGAUUCACAUUUCAUGGCGUACAGGUGAGGGGGCUUGCCCUCCCCCUAAAAUUGUUCACAACCAAGAAAAAAAAGAUCAGAAGGGAAAAAGAGAGAAGGGUUAUAUAUUUUCUUAAUAAUAUGUCAAAAUCUAUCAAAAAAUUGGAUUGUGGUAAUAAAAAUUUCAAUUUUUUUGCUUGCUCACUCGCAACUUUUUUUACAUUUUGUUUAACACACCAUAUCUGGAACCCUAUAUUGGGUGAUUUCAAGUCCGGUGUUGGCCUUGGUGUGGAAAUUUGCAUUGCUUCUCCUAGCUCCAAAACUUUUUCCAUCGUAAGUAAAACUGAUCUAAAUCACAUUAUUGACAUCUCAACAACUAGUCAGUGACUUUUCGGGACCAUCGUCAUUUUAUGUUUGGCGUUAUAAUCGUGUAAAAAUUGACCUAAUACCAACACCAAAAGGUCAACACUGAACUUGAAAUCACACAUGGUUUUGGCUCAUUCAGCACUGAUAGCGAAGUACACAGUGGAUGAUGUCAUUUGGACUCUUAUUUGCAUACCAAACAGGAUGUGCAUAUGUCAUAACUUUCUCAUUUUACAUUUGAUUUUGAUGAGUUUUUCAGUGAUACGCAUGCUUGAUUUUUCACAUUUGAUUCAAAUAAUUUUUUGUGAGUUGAACUUGCCCUUUAAUAGGUAAAUUUACAAUGACUUAAAUACGGAUUAAAUUGUUGCAAUGUCCAGCAAGCUUUCAGGAAAAACAUUAUUUGACUGGUCCAUAGACUACCCCCCCCCCCCCUCUCUCUCUCUCUUGAAAAUAUAAAUAUAAAAUAGCUUUAACUGCUCAUAAAAGCACUGAACACAGGGUUAUUUCUUACCAAAAACCUCCAAUAUAUUUCAAUAGAGAUUAAAGUACAUCUGAAAUUUUGUGACACCAGCUUAGUGAGUUUACAAUCAUAUAUGACUUUGAGAUGUAAGAAAAAUAACCAUUUGUAUUAUAAUAAAUGAAAAGCAUUCAAAUUA